AUGAGUGCUCCCUCUAAGUUUAUGCACUCUUUUUUUUUUUGUCAUUUUCACUAUUUUUCUCCACCUUUUUGUAAAUAUAAAAAAACAGAUAAACAAAUGAAGUAUGGGAGAAUAGUUAUCAAUGCAAAUAUUUGA